CAUCAAACACACGCUCCUCACUGGCUUUUAGAAGCGCAUGCGUGUUAUAAAGAGGUUGAUACGAGAGUGUGUUACCGUUAGAAUUAACUUACCGUAAACGUAGUGGAAUCAGCUGUCUGGAAGACGUUCGCUUAUAAACUGAUGGACUACUGUUUUAAAUGUGGAAAUUUUGUGGAGUUAACGGCCCAACUGCGGCAACGCACUACACAUAUAGGAUGUAUAAUUUGUUGAGAAAAAUGGAGUGAAUAUAAAAAGUUUUACUACCUUUUAGGAAUGCUAGCAACAAGAACGCAACUUUUUUGCGUUCAAGGCACCAGCAGCUUCAAGGAAUUAAUAUGUUCGAUGAAAGCUAAAGUUGAUUAUUUUGUUAAUUUUGGAGGAGGUAUUUUAUCAAACUAUGUUUCCAUUGCAAAUCUGCAUUUUUCUUGUGAUUAUCAAAGUGUGCUAUGGAUCGGGUUAUUUUCAACUUCAAAUUUAUACAAUCUCAAAUCCGCGCGGUGAAACGGCCGACGGCACGUGCUGUGACGGAAGCUUACGGAUAAAUGGGGGCACGUGCCGGGAUGAGUGUGAAACGCUUUUCCGGAUUUGCCUUAAGGAAUAUCAGGCUAGGGUGACGACUGAAGGAACAUGUACAUUUGGAAACAAAUCAACUCCUGUAUUAGGAGGAAAUUCCUUUACGUAUAGUCCUGGAAAUAGCAGAACGAUGAUCAAAUUGCCUUUUGAAUUCGCUUGGACGAGGUCGUAUACACUGAUGGUGGAGGCAUGGGAUGAAGAUGGAGGAAGGGAGGGAAAUGCGUUGAUUGAGAGAGCAGCUCAUUCUGGGAUGAUUCUGCCAGGUCAAGAUUGGCAUACGAUAACACAUACAGGACCAACAGCUAAUUUAGUUUAUAAAAUACGAGUAGUUUGUGACGAACAUUAUUAUAACACCACCUGUACCAAGUUUUGUCGUCCACGCAACGAUCGAUUCGGACAUUAUACAUGUGAUUCUAAUGGUGACAAAGUGUGUUUACAUGGGUGGAUGGGACAAGAGUGUGAAACAGCAAUAUGUCGAACAGGUUGUCAUGCUGUCCAUGGUUCAUGUGAGCGACCAGGUGAUUGUAGGUGUGCGUUUGGUUGGAAAGGGUUGCUAUGUGAUGAAUGUAUUCCUUAUCCAGGGUGUAGUCAUGGGUCCUGUAAUGGGUCACCAUGGCAAUGUGUAUGUGAUCUAAACUGGGGAGAAAUUCUUUGUGAUAAAGAUUUGAAUUUUUGUGGCAGACAUCAUCCAUGUAAAAAUGGAGGAAUCUGUCGGAACACAAAUCCGAAUGAAUUCCAGUGUUCAUGUCCGGAAGGAUUCUCUGGUAAAAGCUGUGAAAUAGCGGAACGAGCCUGUUCAUCUAAUCCAUGUCAACAUGAUGGUAUGUGUGUUGAUCUUGUCAGUGGAUUCGCUUGUAAUUGUCAACCUGGAUGGACUGGAAGAGCAUGUCAUCUAAAUGUAAAUGAAUGUGCUUCUAGUCCAUGUCUUCACAAUGGAACGUGCCUGGAUAAAGAAAAUCGUUAUAUUUGUCUGUGUCCAUCUGGUUGGCAGGGUCCACAUUGUCAACUUGAUGCUAACGAAUGUAGUGGAAGUCCUUGUGUUAAUGCCUACGCUUGUCAGGAUUUACGUGGAGAUUAUCACUGUGAUUGUCAACCAGGCUGGACUGGUAAAAAAUGUGAUAUCAAUAUAGAUGAUUGUCAAGAUGUAAAGUGUAAACAUGGAGCUUCUUGUGUUGAUUUAGUGAGUGGGUAUUAUUGUUCCUGUCUUCCUGGUUAUACAGGUUCACUUUGUGACAUUGAAAUAGACGAAUGUUCCAGUAACCCAUGUGAACAUGGUGCCACAUGUCACAAUCAGUUAGCAUCUUACCAGUGUGAGUGUAGACCAGGUUAUACAGGUUACAACUGUCAGGUUGACGUAGAUCCAUGCCAUCCAAAUCCGUGUCAACAUGGAUCAAGCUGUUUUAAUAUACAAGGUGAUUUCUAUUGUCAUUGCCAACAUGGUUACGAGGGUAAAGACUGUUCUAGACUCAGGGCCAGGUGUCAAUCAGAAUCUUGUCAAGUAAUUGAUAGUUGCACCAUUUCCAUUCCGUCUAAUUUCUCUAAUGGAGGAUCGAGAUUGAUAUCAUCCAACGUAUGUGGUAAACAUGGUCUAUGUAUCAGUGAACCUAGUCAAGGUUUCUCCUGUGCCUGUGAAUCUGGUUAUACUGGAACCUAUUGUCACGAGAAUAUAGAUGAUUGUUUAAGUGAACCGUGUCAGAAUGGUGGUACAUGUAUUGAUGGUGUAAAUUAUUAUCAAUGUUUAUGUAGAGAAGGAUGGGAGGGUGCUCUAUGUAAUAUCAAUAAAGAUGACUGUUUUCCGAAUCCAUGUCGUAAUGGGGGAGAAUGUAGUGAUUUAACUGCUCAGUUUCUCUGUCAAUGUAUAAAUGGUUGGAAGGGGAAGACUUGUACUCUCCGUAACAGUAAUUGUGAAGAAACAACAUGUGCUAAUGGAGGUACCUGUGUAGAUCUAGGUGAUACCUUCACCUGUAGAUGUUUAAGUGGUUGGGAAGGUAACAUGUGUCAAUUAGCUUCAAUACAUAGUUGUGAUUCGUCACCAUGUGAGAAUUCUGGUACAUGUGUCAAUAGUGGUGAUAGUUAUACAUGUAUGUGUCAGGAAGGAUUCGAAGGUUCAAACUGUCAAAUAAAUAUCAACGACUGUAAUCCUUUUCCUUGUUAUAAUGGAGGAAGGUGUAUAGAUGGUAUUAACUGGUAUAUAUGUGAUUGUGCUACAGGUUUCUCAGGACCAGAUUGUCGUGUCAAUAUCAAUGAGUGUGCCAGUAGUCCAUGUACAUAUGGUUCAACAUGUUUAGAUGGUAUAGGUGAUUAUACUUGUAUCUGUCCUCCAGGUAGAACAGGCAAAAAAUGUCAAACAGCUAUUGGUCAGCUUCCUGCACCAAAAUCGUGCCUUCACAACAGAAGAAUAUUUGAAGAUAGUACUAGCUGGCAAUAUGAAUGUAAUGCUUGCGUCUGUAAAAAUGGCAAAGUUUCCUGCUCAAAGUUAUGGUGUGGUCCAAGGAAUUGUUUACCUCACCCUAAUAACAGUGAACCUGUUAUUCCGUGUGAACCAGAUCAGACGUGUGUUCUACUAACAGAUGAAACAUGCUUCACACCGCCAUGUAUACCGUAUGGACAGUGUAAAAGACUGGAGAAUAUAAAAGACCCAACACCUCAUGGUGUUACAACUAAAUGCAUUCCAAAUGCUGAAUAUCUCAGUAAUAAUUGUGCUAAAAUCACGCUUGUGUUUGACAAGUCCAAAAUGCCAGCAGGUGUAUCUAUUGAGAAUAUUUGUAGAACAAUUCGUGAUCUAUCCAUUCUACGUCACAUUGCUCGAUACAAUGAAGUCUAUAUUCUUUGUGGUAUUAAAAAAGAUCAUAUCAACACAGUGGAGGUGACACUGUCAACAGAUGAUGUUGAACCUAACAGUCCAACCAGACCAUCUCUUAAAUCAACAAUAGAUAAAGUAGCCGAUAUUAUUAGUCAUAAACAGAGUAACAGUAGCGCCCUUGCAGCCGUUACAGAAAUACGUGUAGAAACAACUAUAGUCAAUAAAGCUUCUGCAGCAUCUGGAUAUCUUAUUCCAUUAAUUUGUUCCAUCAUGAUCCUGUUGGGUAUAGUCAGCAUAAUAUUACUCGUCUUGUGGCAUUACAGACGCAAAAACAAGCGCAAAAGACGAGAAAGUUAUCUCAGUGAAAACAAAACAAACAAUGAAACAGAGGAGAAUAUCCGACGUUAUCGUAAUCCGUUGUUUGGAACGGAUAAAGGUGGGGGAACAUCUUCCAAGAAAGUUCAAGAUACAGAACUUAGAGAUAUAGACAUUGAAAAAUAUGAGAAGAGUCCACGCAGAACGGUAUCGUUAGGCGAGUCUUCAACAGAUUUUAAUGACUUUCGGGAAAAUACCCCGCCACCAAAAACUGCCCACAAAAAGGACAUCAAUAUACAGCUUUCACGAACUCUUCAGUCAGAACGAGAAGUCAUUGUGUAGUUCAGGACAUUUAGUCUUUUUAAUUAUUGGUGCAUAUUUUAUUCAAUUUCAUUGCAUAGUCUUGUCGUUAUUCAUCUCAUUUUCAUUUUAUUCAAUAAAAGAACAAUUGUGGAUCUUCAUAGUCGUGGGCAAACAGCUGUGCUAAACAGAAAUGUGUUGUGUACAAGACAUUGUGUUAAACUAAAGAUUUGUUGAAGUCAUGUUCAUCGGAGACAAUUGUGCUAAAAUUUGUGUUAAGUCAUUUUCAAACAAUUUGUGUUGUAGUCAAAUACGGUUGUGCUAAAUAUAAAUUAUGCUAAUAAAACAUAAAUUCAUUUUCAGUGCUAUUCAUACAAUCAUGCAAAACAAAAGUUGUGCUAAACCUGAAAGUUGUGCUAAACCUAAAAGCUUGUGCUAAAAGUUCAAGUUGUGCUAAAUAUUUUGUGCUUGAAGUUUACCUUGGAUACGUUCUAUGUAAAGGUUUUACAUUAAAGUUGACAUAUCAUUUGGAGUCUUCAUGAGUGCAUAUCUUGUGCUUUUAGUUUGGUAUGCUAAAAGUUUAGUGUUAGAAAGAAGUGCUUCUUUGUGUAUCUAUUUGUUAUGUUCAGCUGUGGAUCUUCUACUCAAUAUACCAGUGAUUUAAACUGAACACUAAAAACAAUAAUAUUAAUUGUUUAUAGUGGAACAGAACAAUAUACAAUACAAACAUGACUGUGUUCAAAGCAGAUUAAAUUUGAAACAAGUGGAGUAAAUACAUGGCGCUAUUAUAAACAAUGUAGUCCAAAAAUUAUGCUGAAAACAAAUCUAUAGGGCAACCCCUAACACAAAAUGAAUGUCGACCAUCAUUGAACAUAUAAACUCUCUUAAUAGAGUAAAAAGUUUGUACUUAUAUUAAACAGUAUUUUAUGUGUUCCUUAUAUGAAUUUGUAAAGUUACAGUUAUGUGAAUGUAUGUAUAUAUGCUAUACUUUUUAAAGUUUCACUCCAAAAUUUGCAAUUGUGAGUCAUUUCUUGGUGCUUUUUACUUUGUAUAAUUACAGCUUGACGUGUUUGGGUAGACUCAAUCAACUGACUACACCAAUGUUUUCUAGAUACCUAUUCUAGUGUGUAUUUUACACACGUGGGCUUCACUAUAACGCUCAUGUUGGGGACCAUUAAUUUCACCCAACCUUUAUAUUAUAAUAUAAUACAAAGGAAGACUUCAUUGUAGCGUUGACGUUUGGGGUCCACUGUCCAUAACCAUACUUUUCAAAAUUCUGGUCAUAUAUUUAAUAGUAGUAGGUGGUAAAUAAGUUAUUGUCUCCUUUUAACAUGUUUCAGGAUUUUCAGAUAAACAGCCCGGAUAAGUUUAUUUAAUAUCAAUGGCGUAAUAUGUGAAUACAGGUGCUGCUGAUAAUUUUGUACUCAAAAUAAGGGAACAAAUCAUGAUUUGAAUGAAUAUAAUAAAAAUAAAAAGCGUCGAGCAGCCUUAAGAGAAGAUAACUCUACUUGAUUCAUAAUUUACAAUGAUGAAAUGGAUGACAAAGCCUAGCUUUGUGUUUAUUUCACAAUUAACUGUCUAUAAACUAGAAGUGAUAGAACAGAAGUAUUGUUUGGAAAAAUGUCUGAGUGUAUACAAAAAUGUUCAUUCAAUAAUUUGCCAUUUGAACUUUGUAAUAUAAAGAAAAGUCAUGAUGUCGUAAAUGUUUUGUUAUCGUGUCUGAUGUAAAUAUGUAAAUUAUCUUGACUCAUUUUAAACUAUUUAUUUAUUGAUUUAAGAUGUGAUGUGUUAAAUAAUUAAUAAUAAUUUAUGAAAUCAAAUAAUUUAUUAUACGUCUCCUUAUUCCUUUUCAUCCUUAUUACGGCAAAAAACCUAUGAAAUGUGUAACAGUCAAAUGAUCAAUUUAUUUAUUUAGUUGGAGGAUGAUUUCAAGCUCUUUUCUAAAAUGUGAUGAACCCUCCUUUAUCAUGUUUUGGAAAACCACUUUUCAUAUAUUUCUUCACAUUUUUAUGUUCAAUGAUUUAGCCAUGGAUAGCGUAUAGGCAACGAAUAAUCCAGAAUGAAACAAAAACUAGCAAACAAAGACACUUAUAACUUUGCCCCACUUUAAAUUUAAUUGCAACUGAACUUAUAAGUAAAGAUACAUUAUUGAAGAUUUGAUAAAGAGCUGGCGGUUCUCACUAGAGUAGUUAAAAAGUAGAUGAUGUAAUUAAAAUAUGCUGAAAAUUUCAGUCAAAUUGCUUCACUCUUAGCCGAGACAUUUUUUGCAUUUAAUUACCAACAAACGUUGAACAGCAGAAUGGAUUCAAAUCCAAUGAAAAUCGAACACAUAAAAUGGCAUUGAGAGUUGAUUAUGGUCUUUUCAUGUUAAUAAUUGUCUAAUUAAUAGUUUAUAUAACAUUUCAGGCCUACUGAAAGACCUGCAAUUGGCAGAUUUACCUCUUGCUUAUUGUAUUUUAAGGAACAAAUAAAACAUUUGUUCAACAUGAAAUAAGUUCUCCACUGCUCAAGGUUUGUAAUGGAAAUUCUUUAGUCAGAUUGAAUAUUUGAUCAGAGAUUUUGAUAAAUAAACAAAGAAUUAAUAAAUUUGGUAAUAUGAUCAUUUUUGUUUUUGUCAAAAAAAAACCCAAAAAAAAACUGAAUUAAAAUAGAAAGAAACAAUUAUUUGGAGAUUAAUGUUUUGAUCAAAGUAAAAAUGCUUGAUUUGUUAAUUAAAGACCUUCAAUUUUUGUUAUCAUUAAUAACAUCUUAUAGUGGUGUAGUAAUGUAUGUUUGUAUGUAUUGUAUGUAUGUUUCCAUAAGCUUGUGUCUAUUCACUUAACUAAAAGACUUUCCUAUUUCUCCCUAAAUUAAUUUCGGGAGGAGAAGGAAAUUUUCUUUUGUAUUUAAAUCUAAGCAUUAACCUUGUUUGAUUCUUUAAGUAGAACACUACUAAAUAUGCUUCACAAAUUUUUAAAAUUUCCAUAAAGAAGAUGUAUUUUUGCUCUGCAUUUUGAUUGUGCAUGUAUACAUGUAUUUUUUUCAUCCAUAUUUAAAUUGUCUUGUCCUUUCUUAAUACAUGAUGGUAGCUUCAAAAAUAUAUUUACAAAUUUCCAUGCCUUUUAAAUGAAUGGUGGUCCAGUAAUUAUUUUAUAGACUAUUUCUUUCUAUGUUGGCCUUAUUUUAUUUUUGAAUUACUGGAAGGCAGUUUAUUUGUAUCACAUAGUUUCACAGAGACAAAACGAUGCAAAUCAAUUUAUUUAUCAAACAAUAGGCAGCAAAGUUAUAAUAAUUGAUAUAUUUAUGCACCGGUAUAUUUGAAAUAUUGACUUUGAUUUUAGAAAUAUAAGUGUAGCACAUUUAAUAAAUUUCACCAAUCUAACUAAAAUGGAUAUUUUUUGUUACUUUUACACUAAAUUGUAGAAAUAAAACCAAACAAAUUGACAUCUGAUUUAAAUCAUCAAUAAAAAUCCUUAAACAGAAAAUAAUAAAUUUAUAAAUAUACAUCAGUGACUAUAUAAAGUUCUAGAUUAUUUGAAAAGUGACCAUCUUUCCAAAUAGGCAUAAGGGAGAUAACAUGGAUAAUAUGUCUCGCCCAUUGAAUUGAUAAUCUUAAUAUUUAAUAUACUUUUUCAUUUACUGAAAUAGAUCAAAAAUACAUUUCUGUUCAGUUAUUGAAAAAUUUUGAAAUGGUAAUUCAAUGCUAAUAUUUUUAAUAAGUUUCUUAUUUUUAGUUUGAAAUAGUGUGUCAAGGGAGAUAAUUUGUGUUGCUUUACUUCCUCCACACCCCCCCCCCCAAAAAAAAGAAACAAUAAUUUCUUAUUUUUUGAAAUAGUGUGUUUAAGGAGAUAACUGAUGCAAAUUGUGUUGCUUAACUUACCCCCACCACCCCAGAAAAAAGAAUAAAUGAUAUUAUCAACCUCGUUUAGUUUGAAUUAAAUUCAUAAGACAUUAAUCUCUAGUUUUACAUUACAUGUAUUGCUGUGCACAGAUUAGAAGAGAAAACCAUUCUUUUUCAGUUUAAUACAAAAGCAUUAAAACUAUUUUGUUGUAUCAAACUGAUUUUAAUUACUUUUAAAAAAUUGAAAUAGGGUAAAAAUUUAUUUCAUUAUAAUUGAAAAAAUUGGGUAAAUUUAAGACAAUCAUACUGUCUUAUUUUCAUGUAGUUAUUGUUUCUUUUUUAUUAUAGCUUAUCACUGCCAACAGUGCUCAGGUUUUUUUUUUGUCCACAUUUAAAUCAUUUUAUUUAUCAUCUUUAUGUGUAUUAGACCAAUUUAAUUAGUAGGCUACAGUAAUAAUCAUCUUUUCAUCCAGUUAUGUGUCAUAUUUAUUUUAUUUUGGAAAAAUGUGAAAAACAUCCUAAAAUUAAGGUAUCAUGAGAUGGAACCACUGAAACGUUAUUAAGUUAACUGGUAAUCCGAACAAGAAAACUUAAUGUACAUGUAAUGUACUACCAGGUACUUUGAAUAGAGACUGCAAUUUUUUCUGAACAGAAUAUUUUAGUUAAAAUUUUAUGUAAUAACAAUUACUAACCCACCCAAUAUAUCAGUUACAGCCGUCCUUGAUAAUCAAGACAUUAGAUUUAUUGUCCAGUCAAUUAAAAUGCUUUGGUUACAAAUGAUCUAUAAUACCAAACUUUCAGAAAUGUUUGUUUUAAAUACUGAAAAAGGGAAGAGACAGGAUAAACAGUAUUAAUCUAUUCAUUGACAGUUCUCAAAACUUGCUCUUAAAUGAAUUUGUUAUUUUUGCUUUAAACCAUUUAAUAAAUUUGAAAGUCAGAUGAAAAAAAGAACUAAAAAAGAAACAAAAUUAUAGAAAAUAUUUUAUGCUUUGUAAGAAAUAGGGGUUUGAUAAUGAAAGGAAUUAUAAAUUGCCAGUAAGUGUAAGAUCCUAUAUAAAGGCAGCGAUAUUUAACCUUUAUUAUUAUAGAAAUAUUAAGAUACAGAAGAUCUUAUUAAAUUAUAAAAUAAUACGGCAGCAAUCAUUAUUAUUACUACUUUAUAGAUAUUUUCAAUGUGUCAUUAUUUAGAGUUUCGAAGUAUGCAUCAUUUACUAUUAUUCAUACUGCUGUGUUGUAUUUCAAUGCAUCAUGAUGUACUUCAAAUUCAAUGUAUCAUGAUUUACUAUAAAUUCAUUGUAUCAUCACAAGUAAUGCUGGUAUAUAUAAGGUAUUAUAUCAUACAAUUCAAUGUAUUAAUACACAUAUGCAUCAUUAACUGUAUGGUUUAUUAAAUCAUCACUAUUAUAUUCAACAUGCGCAAAGUUAACUUUUCAAUGUAUUGUUCUGUCAAUGCGUCAUUGUUUAAUAUAUUCAAUGCGUCAUCAGCUAUUUUCAUUUUAUCAUCAACAAUAAUUCAAAGCAUCAUUUCACAUCAUAGAUACAUUAAUUGCUUUCAUGCAUUAUUUCUAAUUCACAGUGUAUCAUUUUGUUUAAUUUAAUGCAUAUAACAAUGCUGAUGUAUCAUUCGCUGUAAGUAAUUCUGAUAAUAUAUGUAUAAUUUGGUGUGUCAGUUUUGAAUUUAAUAGCUAUUAAAUUUUAAGCAUGUUGACAGAACUUCAUGGGGUAGAUACAUUACUACACUUUUAAUGUUUCAUUUCUUUUAUUGAACAUAUUUAGAGUAUUUAAUGCAUUAUUGGUGCUUUUUUUCCUGAUAUUCAAUAAGUAUCAUUACUAUGUUAUACAUCAUUACAUACAAUUUGAGAUGCUUAAUUAUUUAAUUGAAGAUGUUUUAUGUAACAUUUGUCAGAUUUAUCAUGCAUGUAUCAUCUUAAUGACACAUAGAUAUGUUCAUUCUUAUUAUAAAUGAUACAUCCAUGUUGAUUUGUCACAUAAUAUGUAGUGCUAAAUAUUUAAUGCUUCGUGAAGGUAUUUCAUUGUUUGUAUUGAACAAUUUGUAAUUCAGUUACAUGUAUAUCUAUUUCGGUAAUUUGAUAAAUCUUUAUGCUGCUGUACUUGAUAUUAAACAUAUCAUAGAUAUUCAUAUACUUUUCUCUCGAUAUUGGAUAUUGAAUAAUCAUCUCACAAUAUUAAACACAUCAAUGUUGUAAUUUGUAAGAUAGGAAAUGCAUCCUGUUGACCAUGAAGAUCUUGUUAAUGCCUUUAUUGACACACACCUAAUUUAAAUAGGUCAUGACAUAAGGUGACACAAUAAUUAGAAUUCCAUGGUUUGCAGUAACUAGGCAUUUUUAGGCCAACUUCAAGUUUGCUGAUUACUUAAGCCAACUUAAAGUAGGAUUUGUGUUAGGUUUAUCAUAUAAAUUAAUGAAAUGUCUCAUAAAAAUCAAUCAUGUCAGUUUUUAUCAUAAAUGUUAAAUCGUGUGUGUGAGUGUUUGUAAUAUUGUAGAACAAAUUUCAAUGUUUGGUCAAAUUUUGAAAUAAAUCUUAAA